GGGGACCUUCGCCCAGCAGGACCGUGGGACAGCCAGGGCCUCCCUCUCCCGAGAGCCCUUCGGUCUCAACACGCGACGGCCGCCUCAGAGCUGCGGGGACCAAGUGCUCCAGCUGUCAGCCUCGGCAGCCCGCGAGAGGCGGGGGACUCUAGACACAGGGUGCAGCCGAGCCUGGCAUCCAGCUGCCAACUUUGUGCCUGUAUCUGUCUCCUCGCCUCUGCCCUCGGGGUAUGUAACCGCCAUGCCCGUGGACACGCUGAGUCCUGCAGCCCCCGCCGCUCCUGCUCUACCUUUUCGCCUGCGAACCAAGGUCCCCAGCUACCUGCUACCAAGGCCAGCGGAUGGGGGAGCCCGGAAGCUGAGUGCCGUGGAACGCUUGGAGGCUGACAAGGCCAAGUAUGUCAAGAGCCUCCGUGUGGCCAACACCCGCCAGGAGCCUGUGCAACCCCCGCUGGCCCGACAGCCCCUCUUCAGCCCUGGUCCUAGGGGGCCAGUGCUCACUCCCAGCCGCCGAGUCUUGCCCUGUCCUGGUCGGCGGCCCCAAUUGGACAUUGACAUCCUUAGCAGUCUCAUCAACCUGUGUGAUAGUCCUGUGACCCCAGCUGAGGCCAGCCGAACGCCUGUACGGGCAGAAGGAUCUGCCCACAAGAUCCCACCAGCCACCCCACCUCGUCCACCGCCUAGUACGGUCGCUGUGCGCCGAGUGGAUGUUCGUCCCCUACCUGCUUCACCUGCUCGUCCUUGUCCAUCGCCUGGCACCACUGCCACCUCCAGCCCGGGCCGGCCACCUGGCCUGCAACGCUCCAAGUCGGACCUGAGCGAGCGCUUUUCCAGGGCAGCAGCCGACCUCGAGCGCUUUUUUAACUUCUGUGGCCUGGAUCCCGAGGAAGCACGAGGAUUGGGGGUGGCCCACCUAGCAAGGGCCAGCUCGGACAUCGUUUCUCUAGCCGGCCCUAGUGCUGGACCUUGCAGCUCCGAAGGGGGCUGUUCACACCGCAGCUCUGCUACAGUGGAGGAGCGGGCCCUGGAGCGUGUCCCCUAUGGCGUGUCUGUGAUUGAGCGCAAUGCCCGCGUGAUCAAGUGGCUAUAUGGGUUGCGGCAGGCACGUGACCCUCCGGCUACUGAGGGCUAGAUCUCCUGGACUCAGGCUUCCCGGAAGGACAUCGUGAAGAGGCAAUUGGCACCUUGUCCUUUCUUGUAUUCAUUGGCAGCUCCCUUGGUUGAACUUGGUGUAGAGGCCAAGACUUAGUCCUAGACCAGCAUCCUCUGGUAAGCAAGGACUGACCUACAGAGGCUUGCUGUUGCCCUUGGCCUCCCCUACCCCUAAACAAGGUUUGUGACACA